CAUCCAAAAUGAAUGGCACCGCCACCACUGUUAUGUCUAACAGGUAACCAGUGCUUGUUCAAUCACAGUGUUACUAAACCCAGGACCCUGCAUUCACUAUAUCUGGUCUCCCCGAACCCUGCAUUCACUAUAUCUGGUCUCCCUGGACCCUGCAUUCACUAUAUCUGGUCUCCCAGGACCCUGCAUUCACUAUAUCUGGUCUCCCAGUACCCUGCAUUCACUAUAUCUGGUCUCCCCGUACCCUGCAUCCACUAUAUCUGGUCUCCCCGGACCCUGCAUUCACUAUAUCUGGUCUCCCCCGGACCCUGCAUUCACUAUAUCUGGUCUCCCACAGACCCCGUAUUCACUAUAUCUGGUCUCCCCAGACCCUGCAUUUACUCUAUCUGGUCUCCCCGG